AUGGCUUCCUUAACCCUCCUUAUUCCAACAAUUAUCUGUCUUCAAUUUCAUCUUCUUUCAUUAGCUUUUGCACAAGUUAAUAUCGGUUCCACAAUUUCCACCGAUAACAAUGGAGUGUGGCGUUCACCUUCGGGUCAUUUUGCAUUGGGGUUUCGUGCAUUGAAUAAUAACACGGAUCCGAAUACAAAGCUGUUCAUGGUUGCCAUAUGGUACGACAUGAUACCCGACAAGACCGUUGUUUGGAGUUUAAAAACAGACAACAAACUUGCAACAGCACCGGCGGGAUCACAGUUUCGGAUUUCUUCGGCGGGGCUAACACUGGCGGGUCCCGAAGGAGAUUCCAUAUGGGCAUCAAACCUGGCAAGUGUUGUCUCCGUAGGUUCUAUGCUUGAUACUGUGGAUGUUUACAGCUUUGGGGUAAUGCUGUUGGAAAUAAUUUGCAGCAGAAGAAGUGUGUUAAUGAUGGAGGCUGGGGAAGAAGAGAAGGCAGUGCUGACAGAUUGGGCUUGUGAUUGCUUUGUGGAAGGGAGAAUAGAUGUUCUUGUGGAGAAUGAUGAAGAGGCCUUAUCUGACUAUGUGAGGCUACAAAAAUGGGUGGAAAUUGCAAUAUGGUGCAUUCAUGAGGAACCUCAAAUGAGACCAACAAUGGGGAUUGUCAUGCAAAUGCUCGAAGGCUUAGUUGAAGUCCCUAACCCACCAUCUGUGAUGCGUUGA